GGUCGUGCCAAUCUACGUGGCCACUCAACGCCAACCUGCUGUCUUGAGCACUGCUUAUAUAAACAUUCUCAAGUUGGAAGAUAUUUCGCUCGGGCGCAAUGCUUUACCGAUAGCCGUUUCCGCAACCAUUCGGCGACACGAGAGCUUCUCCUAUAAUCAAUUACUUAUAAAUAGAGUUGCCAUAGUGUAGCUUCAAGCUCUGUAGCGUAACAAGAAUGUUGUCUGGGCUAGCGCGAGCAGCCUCCGGCGGACUGCCAGGAAGCGUGCAGGCGAGGCCGUUGCAGCAGCUCUUUCAGCAAGGCUGGUCGGCCUCUCAAGGCGUCACAUGCUGGGACUCAUGCACGGAGUCAUGCUCCGUUAGCAGCGUUGAUGUUGAUGGGACUAGCUCACCGUCAACAUCCUACUCGCAUCUCCAAUCCCACCCGCGCUGCGACAGCGCGCCGGCGAUGGCCUUCACCAUGCCCAGCAGCUGCUCGAUCAUGAACGGUCCUCAGCUCCAACUGCAGCAGCUCCGCGCCUACCGCAUUCCCAACCGGGUACUGCAGCCAAAGGUGCCUUACUCGGUCCGCACCGGCCGCCCCGCGCCCCAGCCCUUCCCAGAGCUCGAACGCCUGAAGGCUCCUUCCGGCGAGAUCCGCUGGCACCGCAGUGUCGUACGCUUCCCUCCCGAGGUGGCGGUUGAGAUCCAGGAGGGGACGCCGCAGGAGCCAGGGCGCACACUGGUGCUGAGCGGCAAGGCGGGGACCAUCCGUCUGAGCCUACAGGCGCUGGACCCCACCGGCCUCAUCGCGCUGCGCCUCCUCCGCCUUCCCUCCACCUCCUCCUCCAGCCCAGCUGCCGGCUCCAAAGCCCCCGCCUCCGCCUCCCCCUCCGGCGGCCGCAGCAUGCUGGUGGUGGUGAGCCCGCACAAGGGGCGGUUCGAGGCGCUGGGCGGAGAGCUGAACAAGGCCAUCCGCGGGGUGAUGGCGGGAUACCUGCUGGGCCUUACGGUGAAGGGAGUGGGUUACCGCAUGGAGCCGGUGGAGGAGGUGUCGGAGGACAUGAUUCGCUCCGUGCGUCUGAGCCCUACGCAGCUGGCUCGCCGCUCCCGCGCCCCCGACGGCGCCGCACCCAAGCCCUACUACUUCGAGGCUCCGGGCGCUGCGGGCGACAAGCAGCAGAACGUCGCCUUCCCCUACAACAAGCCCGCUUCGGCCAUCCGACUCAAGGUCGGCUACUCCCGCACCGCCGUCUACCCCCUGCCGCCCCACAUCCGCGCCUUCUUCCUGAAGCCCACUCUGCUGUACUUGUACGGCCUGGAACUGGACGAGCUGAAGCGCGUGGCGGCCGAGAUCCGAUCUGUACGGAAGCCCAAUCCGUACACCGGCAACGGAGUGCAGUACCUGGAUGAGGUGGUGAAGAUCAAGGCGCGCGCCGGCUCCAAGUAAAGGGGCUGUGAGAGUGGCGGUGCAGGGAGGAGGAAGGGGAGGGUCGGCUUGAGGGUUUGGAUCAGUGAAGAGGGGAGGUGAAGGCAGGAGCUAAGAGCGGGAUGUUUGGAUUGGUGAAGAUCAAGGCGUGCCCGGGUUAUCAAUGGAGGAUUAGUGACCGUGUGGGUUUCAGGGGAGGGGGCAGCUGGUUUGGGGCAAUGUUGUUCGGGUGGGGAGAUGUGUGUGGAUGCUGAUGUUGGGCGGGCAUGCGACGAGCGGUGCGAGUGGUGUGUGGUCCUGUGGUCUAGCAUUGCCGCUCAUGACGAUGGUCGUGUAGUUACGGUUUCAGGUUUCGGGAUGUAGAUGUGCGAGUUGUGGAGUUAGCUCCGCCACCCUGGAAACUGGCAACUGUUACUUUCACGGACAUGAGGUGAAGGGGUACUAGUUCUAUCCUGGCUGCAGGCCAUUGUCUGGAGCCACCACGGAGGAUGGCGCUUUCUGUAAUGCCCGAGUAACC